CAUGUUAUGAUAAAACGAAAGACUGCCUUCGUCUUCAGUAUCUGUGCAGCCACCCUGCAUACUAUGACCUAAUGACACAGCAGUGCCCAUUAACCUGCAAUAGAUGUAAUGUUACAGUUACGAUACGACCAGCACAACCAACGUCACGUGAGUUACUUACUGCAUUGGAUACCAGUAGAGUACUGAAUGAAAUUCUGUCAUUUGAAAAGAAGGAGAUAGAAAGAAAGUAUUUGUGUAACGACCCCCUUUAUUACCAACUAAUGACUGAGCAGUGUCCGCUAACUUGUAAUAGAUGUAAUGGUACUUCUGCUGGCAUCGGAUCAAGUAAGUUGUUUAGAUUUAAAUUGGAUCAAAUUUGAAG